AUGUUAACUGAAGAAAAGUCUAAAUUAUUAGAUUUUGAAGCUUAUCAAAAUUUACUAAACAAACAAAUCAAUGAGAAAUAUUUAAAACCUACAAUACCAAAUGUUUUGCUACACAUGAAAGAAAGGUUUGCAAAUGUUAAAGAAAUUGAAAUGGAUUUACUGUUUGAAACAUUUAAAAAAAUCCCUCAAAAUUUAGCAAAACUUUGUAACUUGAAAGUAAUAUCAAUAAUUAUUAAAAAAAAUGAACAAGAUCCACAGAUAUUUGAAGUAAAUUGGAUAACUGAAUUAUUUUCAUUGCAUCAAGUUGAAUAUUUUAUAUUGAAUUAUUUGGGAGAUACUGAAUUAGUAAAUGUUACUGAAUUGUUAAAGCAAUUGCCUAAAGUCAAAUAUAUGAGAUUAGAAGUAGGUAAAGUUGAUUAUCAAGUAAUUUCUGAGAUUUUGUUGGAACGCUUUAGAGCCCAUAAGAGAAAAACAAUUUUAACAAUAUUUAUGUUAAAUAAAAAUCUUAUUGAUGAAGAUGAAUUAAAUAGUAUUUAUACUAUAAGAGAAGUAGGUAACAAUUUAGUAGAAAUAACUACAAACUUUUAA